AUGGCCAGGACUUUAGUUGCUGAUCACUAUCAGAAUACUUCUGUCAGUGAGCCAGCUGAGGACAAUCAGAAUACUUCUGUCAGUGAACCAGCUGAGGACAUACAUAUAGAUCAACCAAACAACCAUGCAAUGGAUUUCGAAGAGAUUCUAAAAGCAAUGAAGUCAAAAACAGCUGCCAUAUGGGAAACAGGGCUUCAGAGGAGUGUGGAAUUUUGUAAGCACCAUAACAUCAAGACAAAAACUCUGGUGACAGAUAGACAUGUCCAAAUUAAAAAAUGGGUUAGAGAGAAUAUGGAAGAUACCACGCAUGCAUUUGAUGUAUGGCAUGUAGCUAAAGGAAUGAAGAAAAAACUGUUUGCAUUAUCAAAGGAAAAGGAUUGCUCUGAUGUGUCUCCAUGGACCAAGAGCAUGGUAAAUCAUCUUUACUGGACCGCUGCUUCGUCUCCAAACCUAAAUGAAGACUUGGUAUUAGCAAAGUGGCAAUCUAUUUCCAACCGUAUACUCAACGUUCAUGAUGGACAUAGCACACUGUUCCCCUCAUGUCAACAUGAUGAACUGGAGGGAAGAGAAAGACACAAAAGGUGGUUAAAACCAGGUUCUAAAGUUUAUGAAAAACUGCAAGAUAUAAUCAACAGCAAACAGAUGACGAAAGAUAUUCCCAUGCUGUCAUCUGGACAACAAACAUCAGAACUUGAGGGAUUUCAUUCUGUGGAUAAUCAUUUUGCUUCUAAAAUGAUUGGUUUUUCAUUCCAUGGAAUGCUUUCUAGGCAAUGGCUUGCAGCAAUGCAUUUUAAUGAAAACAGCAAUCGGGACCAUGCUUACACACAGGAUGGUAAAGCAAGAUACAGGAUUGUGUAUGCUAAAUACAAAAAAGGAGAGCACACUAAUAUGUAG